AUGGCGGCAACGUACGCCGUCAUCAGCUCCGAGUUUGGCGCGGCCAACAGCGCGUCGUGGCUGACGACGGCGUACCUCAUCGCGUCGACGGCCGUGCAGCCGCUGUACGGCCGCGUGUCCGACAUCCUCGGCCGCCGGGCGUGCUUCUUCGCGUCCACGGUGCUCUUCGCCGCCGGGAGCGCCGGCUGCGGGCUCUCGGGGCGCAUGGCGACGCUCAUCGCCAUGCGCGCCCUGACGGGCGUCGGCGGCGGCGGGCUGCACAUCAUGGCCACCAUUGUCAACUCGGACCUCGUCCCCUUCCGCAGGCGCGGCAUGUACCAGGCCAUGCAGAAUGGCGUCUUUGGGCUCGGCGCCGUCUGCGGCGCCUCGCUCGGCGGCACCAUAGCCGACCGGAUCGGCUGGAGGUGGUGCUUUCUCCUCCAGGUGCCCGUGUCCGUGUUUGCCCUGGCUGUCGGCGGCCUCGUCGUCAGGGACCAGCCCUCCGAGAUGCUGCUUUCCCUCGACGAGGGACUGCACGUCAUGUGGAAGCGCAUCGACUUUUCCGGCGCCUUGCUUCUCGUCGCCGCCGUUUCCACGCAGCUGCUCGGCCUGGGCUUGGGGGGCAAUUUGCUCCCCUGGGGCAGCCCGUGGGUCGUCGGCUCGCUGGUCGGAAGCUUGCUGCUCUUUGCGUCGUUUGUGCUGGUUGAGGGCAGGACAUCUGCGCCUCCCAUGAUUCCUCUUCGGAUGUUGAAGGGCCGGCUGCCCGUCGCGACGCAGAUAUCGAAUGCGUGUGCCGGAUGCGCCGCCUAUGGAUUUCUGUUCAUGGUCCCCCUCUUCUUCCAGGUUGUCCUGUUGGAAUCGGCGUCCAAGGCCGGGGCCCGUCUGGUCAUCCCCUCGCUGGCAACGCCCAUCGGCUCCGUGAUGGCCGGAGUCGUCAUGUCCCGGUACGGCAAGCUUAUUGCCAUGAUGAGAAUAGGCUCCGUUUUAAUGGCUGUGGGAAACGCCCUCGUCUUCUCUUUGCGAUUUGUCGACUCGGGUUGGAAAUACUUUGCCUACAUCUUCCCGGCUAAUCUUGGUCAAGGCGUGGUCUAUCCGUCUAUAUUAUUCACCUCGCUGGCCUCGUUUGAGCACCAAGACCACGCCGUUGCUACAUCUACCGUGUACCUGAUUCGCUCGCUCGGUGGCGUUUGGGGAGUGUCAGUCACUUCUGCCAUCGUGCAAACUUCGCUCAGCGCUCGUCUUCCGGGCGCUUUGAGCGGGAUCCCAGAUAAAUGGAGAAUCAUCGACCAGAUACGACAUUCAGCUUCUAGUAUUCACACGCUUCCACCGGAAAUUCAACUGCGGGUCCGUCUGGUUUACUACGAUGGAAUCCGUUAUGCAUUCGCCGCAUGUACUACAAUUGCUGUUAUUGGCGUAGCAGCAGCAUUUGUGGCCACGGCUUCCAAGUUACGAAGCACCCAUUAG